GCUCCCCGAGGGGCGCGCCCGCAGGGAGCUGCAGAACCGCGUCCCCGCCGGGCGCCGAGCAGGGAGGCCCGGGGCGGGCCGGGGGUGGGGCGCGGCGCGCCGCGGCGGCCGCCUCUUCCCGGAGUCCGCGGGACGCAGGAAAAGUCCUUCCUGGCCGGCUGGCCCGCGCCGCCCCCUCCAGGCCCGCCUCCCCGCCGCUCCCGGCUCCCCCACACUCCGCCAUGGCCAAAGCCUACGACCACCUCUUCAAGCUGCUGCUCAUCGGGGACUCGGGCGUGGGCAAGACGUGUCUGAUCAUUCGCUUCGCGGAGGACAACUUCAACAGCACUUACAUCUCCACCAUCGGGAUUGAUUUCAAGAUUCGCACUGUGGACAUAGAGGGGAAGAAGAUCAAACUGCAAGUUUGGGACACAGCUGGCCAAGAGCGAUUCAAGACAAUAACCACCGCCUAUUACCGUGGAGCCAUGGGCAUUAUCCUCGUGUACGACAUCACGGAUGAGAAAUCCUUUGAAAAUAUCCAGAACUGGAUGAAGAGCAUCAAAGAGAAUGCCUCCGCCGGGGUGGAGCGCCUCCUGCUGGGGAACAAGUGUGACAUGGAAGGGAAGAGGAAGGUACAGAAGGAGCAAGCUGAUAAGCUGGCUCGGGAGCACGGGAUCCGUUUUUUCGAGACAAGUGCCAAGUCCAGUAUGAACGUGAAUGAGGCCUUCAACUCCCUGGCCCGGGACAUCCUGCUGAAAUCCGGCGGCCGGAGGCCAGGAAACAACAACAAGUCCCCCAGCACUGAGCUGAAAACGUGUGACAGAAAGAACACCAGCAAGUGCUCCGUGGUCUGACGGCCUCUGCCCCACUCCUCACCCUGAGCCUGGAGGUCCUGCCGGAGUGCGGCCAGCGCUGGAUAGAGGAGGCGCUGGGCAUGGGAGGGAGAGUGCAGGGCUUAGUGGCAUGUGGAUAGGGAGAUGAUGGUGGGAAAAUGGAGAGAGAAGAGCAAGGUAAGGGGGGGAGAGAAAAAAGGGAAGUUGGAGGAAAGGAGGAAGAGAACGUGAGACAGGUGGUGAGGAGGUGGGGGAGAGGGAGAUGGGGAAGGGCAGAUGGUUCCCAGGCCUCAGGUCUGCCCUGGGUUUCCAGGGCAAACACGAAUGUAAAUAAAUCAUUGAUUUAU